AGCCAACCAUUAAUACGCCCCAAUCGCCGCCGCCAGAGCCGCGGAGCUCUCCACUCCUCUCUUACCCUUCCUCUCCCCACCCACGAAGCCUCACUAGGGUUUAGCGGCGGCGGCGAGAUGGUGCAGCGCCUCACGUACCGGAAGCGUCACAGCUACGCUACGAAGUCCAACCAGACCCGAGUCGUCAAGACCCCAGGCGGGAAGCUUGUGUACCAGUACACCAAGAAGAGGGCGAGCGGGCCCAAGUGCCCCGUCACCGGGAAGAAAAUCCAGGGGAUCCCUCACUUGAGGCCUGCUGAGUACAAAAGGUCCAGGUUGCCUAGGAGCCGCAGGACUGUGAACCGUCCUUAUGGUGGAGUACUCUCUGGAAUUGCUGUUAGGGAGAGAAUCAUUCGUGCUUUCUUGGUCGAGGAGCAGAAGAUUGUCAAGAAGGUCCUGAAAAUACAAAAAACCAAGGACAAGACAGCUGCAAAGUAAAUCUCCAGGAAUGGGGAAGCCUAGCCCUGUUUUGUACACUGCGAAAAUUAAUUUUGGUGGAUGGAAAAUCUAGGUGCCUUGUUGAGCAUUUAGCAUGUGAGUUUAGAGAUUCUGGACACUGAAUCCCUUUCACCUUUGAAUUGUUGGAAUAUCGGGAAUCUGUUCCCCUAGUUGCUUUUAUUAUGAAUUCAGAUCCUAUCUAUGCAAAGAUCAACCUUCUGGUUUGUAACAUCUUUUGUCCAUGUUGCUCGUUGUUGCUCUUGAUGCCCAUUCAUAUCUAUGCAAGCAGUGUGGCCGUGUAUU